AUGACUCAUGAUCGUAAGCAUCUUUCUACCUCUUUAUCAAGUUCUUCCAAUGAUUGGCAUAGGGACGUUCAGCUCAUUGGUGUAAUCUUCUUAGUCAGCACGGCGUUACUUGGUGUAACGCUGUACUCGCUGGUAAUCUCAGCGCUGACGGACGCCGAAUGGGCUGCGCUACGAUUGCCCACAUCUCUUGAAUCGGCUCAGGAGCUGGAAGAGACGCUGCAGAAUUUCUCAGAGCGUCAAUCAAGUGCGCUGUUACUUGCGCACAUGAGCUGUUACUUAUACCUACAGACGUUUGCAAUCCCAGGCACGGUGUUUUUCAACCUGCUGGGUGGUGCAUUGUUUGGCAUAACACUGGGCUUUCCGCUGUGUUUAUUGUAUAACACGCUGGGUUCUGUCUUCAUGUUCCUGUUGUCGCGCCACUUUGGACGCCGCAUAGUCAUGCGCUUCUUUCCGCACAAACUGGACGUGCUGCGUCGUAUGUUGGAUGCACAUCGCGACGAAAUGGCGCUCUAUAUGAUUUUUCUGCGUGUUUUUCCCUUCACUCCCAACUGGUUUCUUAAUAUGGCGUCGUCACAUUUGGAUAUUCCGCUUCGUCAGUUCACAUUGGGCCCACUCAUUGGUCUCAUUCCGUACAAUUUUCUGAGCUGCAAGGCUGGUCUUAUUUUACGCGAGCUACGAUCACGUGGAGACAUUAUUGAAACGGCCACUACGGUGCAACUUAUUGUUGUAGCGGCAGUGGGAGGUCUUGUGCUGCCUAGACUCAAGAAACACUUUGCCACAAGCUCAGCUUCCACGGUAUCAGUCAAGCAAGAAUAA